AUGCUUAAGAGGAAAACAGCCAGACGUUCUUCGGCUCAAUAUUUCAUAUCUGCAGAGGACCACGUUGAAAACGAGGUGAAGCAUGAACGCUUGCUCACAGAGACCUCUCGGUUAUCUUCAUCCUGGGCAGGUUUUAGUGUCUCCGGAAAUGAGCUCCCCGAAGCAGAUGGCUCCUGCUCCUCGUCGUUACCAAAUACAAGCCCAACUCACCGCCCGAGCUCUUUCAGUGGUCCACUGGUGAUUUCUGUUACCUGUUCCAGUUCGUCACCUGGUGUGCACAGUUCAUUUCCUAAUCAUACUUCCGGGAGUCGGUGUACCCCAACCAGUCCGAGUCCACAUAUGAACUCGUCGGGAUACUCCUCGCCCGUUGCUUCACCCGUUUCAUCUCGUGUGCAGUGCUAUUCACCAAGUUUAGCUGCAUCCACUGGUUCACCAACACUUCGACGUCCCACAAAUGGAGGAGCUAGUCCACUACUCGUUUCGGCUGCACUGUGCCGGAAAAGAAGUUAUCUGUCAUGCGUUUUCCCUGGUGGUGGUGGUGGCGGUGGGUCCAGCGACGAUGCCAGUCGGGAGGGAUCGCCUGAUCCGUUCCAGUCUUCACGUGGAUGCAAAGCUAUGCGUCAGGGAGAUGCACGGUCGUCAUUGACCACUGAAAUUUCUCAUUUUCGGUGGCCUCCGGGUCUUCCCCUAAUCUCCAAUCCACCCAGUCCAUCCUGCCAGCUUUUUCCUUCCACUACAAGUAAUUUAAAUCCACCGAGUAGUCCUUCAACUUCUAGCUUGCCUUCCCCACGUUUAUCUUUAACCUCAUCGAUAGCCACCUUUCCAGGUUCACCGGCUUCAUCGAUUUCAAACUGUCCAGUUUCCUCCACCUGUGACUCUGCGGUGGCUACUUCAAGUCCUAGUGCGGAUGAGAAAGCCUCUGUUUCAUUUAUGGAGAUUGACAACAAAAUCACCUCAUCUGUGGCUUCUCUUUCAAAGCGCGUUCCCGAUCCGGAACCUAAAGCCAAUGGACCAGCAGACUCAUAA